CAGUUGUAAAACAAAUACAGCAAACUGGUAACCAUCUUCAUCUCUCUCAACUCUCAACUGCUUUGGGUAAGCAUCAGAUACUUGUACGUAUACGUUAUACGUAAUUCAUAUUAUACAUACCUGUGUAAAUCUGUUGCAUGUGAAUAUCAAUCAAUCAGAAAUGGGCAUAUGUUUAUCACGGAGUUCCGGCCCCGUGAAGAAGAGGCAAUCCAAACGUUUAACGAAUCAAUCGGCGGCGGCGGCGGCCGCCGUUAAUGGCGGCGGGAGCAACAGGUGGUAUAGGAAUCGAUCGUCUAAGAGAGAUGAUUCCGUCAUUCAGGAGCGCACUUUCGCCGCCGCGAUUCUCCUACAGCAGCAAUUGCAAAACAGCGGAGGAGGUGGUGCUGUUCCUUUUGAUCGUUCAGCUUCGCUUCGGUAUCCGAAUUCGAAUUCUAAGAAGAAUCAACCUCUGCCGCGUUCCUCUAGCUCUAGGGCGCGUUCUCUUACUGAUCCUCUUCUUCAGCCUCACCAGCUUGUGAACCAGGAAGUGAAGGUUGAUGAUUUAGAGACGAACCAUUUCGUCCUCGUUCAUGGUGGUGGAUUUGGGGCCUGGUGUUGGUAUAAAACCAUUGCUCUUUUAGAAGAAGCUGGAUUUAAAGUUACUGCAGUUGAUUUAACUGGUUCAGGCAUUCAUUCUUUUGACACAAAUAGCAUCGCAAGCCUAUCGCAAUAUGUACAGCCGCUCACUGAUUUUCUCGAAAAGCUUGCUGAUGGAGAAAAGGUGAUUUUGGUGGGACAUGAUUUUGGCGGUGCAUGUAUAUCUUUUGCGAUGGAGCUCCAUUCCCUUAAGAUUUCGAAAGCUGUGUUUGUUGCUGCUGCAAUGCUCACUAGUGGACAAAGUGCCCUUGAUAUGUUCUCACAAAAGACAGAUUCAAAUGACCUUAUGAGACAGUCUCAAAUAUUUAUUUAUGCCAAUGGGAACGACAAGCCUCCAACCGCUAUUGAUUUGGACAAGUCGCUCCUCAGGGACUUGUUAUUCAACCAUAGUCCUGCCAAGGAUGUUGCAUUAGCAUCUGUGUCAAUGAGGCCAAUUCCCUUUUCCCCGGUUUUGGAGAAGCUUUGUUUAUCCGACUCCAAGUAUGGUUCUGUUAGGCGGUUUUAUAUAGAAACAACAGAAGAUAAUGCGACACCAAUAGACUUGCAGCAAAACAUAAUUAGCAAUAAUCCUCCAGAACAAGUUUUUCAUCUUAAGGGUGCUGAUCACUCGCCUUUUUUCUCCAAGCCCCAAGGCCUACAUAGGAUAUUGGUAGAGAUCUCCAGGAUUCCAUCAACUUGAAGUUGUUUUGCUGAUUACCUUAUUAUUGGAAAAGCCACACCGACAUGUUCCAGGCACAAAUGUAGCUAAGUUAUUGCUGUGUAAAUUAACCACAUGUGGAAUGUCCAAAGUAGCUUUUGGUGUACAUGUUCGGUUUAUGCAACUACUUUGUUCCAUUUACAAUACUUGUGACAGUGAGAAUUUCCUUGUGGAAGUGACUUGAGGAAAAGGAAUGUUCUAAGAUUUGAAUGUCAGAAGGAAGUUAUAAUAGAAAUAAACUUAUUCUUUUUAA